CAGAGAGUGCAACUCUUUGUUUGUAGACACACAUUUUCAUUCAACGGUUUAGUAUGUAUAGAGACGAAUAGCUGAUUUUAGUACCAUCAUGAUAUUGAUAGAAUUAUUCUUCAUAGUUUUCUAUGUUCAAAUGUGUUCAACAUCACAUAUUAGCGAGAUUGAUCAAGAAUCUUUUCCUGGUUAUUUUCAAUGGAUAACAGAUACGAUUGUUAGUAACUUUCUUAUGUGCCCGGAUGCAUGUAAACACAAGAUUUCAACUCGGCGUGAUUUUGCAGGGAACAAUCUUGUCACAUGCUGCGUAGAAAAUGCUUUACCAUAUUGGAUGAUUUCAAAAUCAAAGAAUUUACUCGGCGUACUACAUUUGGAACCAGCUGAUGAAUAUGGGUGUGUUCCGGAUGCCGAAGGAGCUGAUGUAAUGUCGUACUAUAAGAUUAUAUACCAACAAGGAUAUUUAAAAGAAAUUCCAGAUUGUUUAUGUAACAAUAACAAUAACAAAAUAGUGAAAAUCAAUUUCCAUGGAAAUCAAAUUGAAACCAUCGAUAACAUAGAAUGUUUACACAUUCUUGACACAUUAAACCUGUCCUCUAAUUAUGUUUCAAGAUUGGAAAAUACAACCUUCAGGAUGAUGAAAUAUUUGAGAGUUUUGGUUUUAUCUGACAAUGAGAUACAAUACAUAGAGCCUAAUACGUUUAAUUAUCGUCCAGGUUCUCUCAUGAAGAUUGAUCUUGAAAGAAACCUUCUGAAAAGAAUUGAUAUAUCAAACCUUUAUCUCGAUUAUUGGUUUGACUAUAUAUGGUUGGAUCUCAACAGAAUAUCGAAGCUGACAAAUGAAUUAUCUACUCAAUUCAAUUUAUCAAAGGGUGGGGGGACUAUAGGAUUACACGGCAAUCACUUGUCCGAAAUGCCGAAUUUUCAGGAAUUAGGAAUGACCGUAAAAACUUUUUUAAGCACUGUUUUUAAAUAUCCCCUAGAUUUGAUUAACAAUCCAAUAAGAUGUGAUUGUAAGCUUGAAAGAUUUAUCAAACACAUGAAAUUUGCUGCUAAACACUUCACAGGAAUACGUAAUGUACUUUGUAAAGAGCCGCCCUUACUUCGCGAGAAGAGGAUUAUUGAUAUCAAUGAAGACCUAUUAACAUGUGAUAUCACUAUGAAAAACGGAUGCCCUCCUAAAUGUAAUUAUUAUGAACAACCAUCGAAAUUUAAGGUUGUGAUUAAUUGUUCUUCGACUGGAAAGUAUAAAAUACCAAGUGUUUGUCCACAACAAGAUGAUUUAGAUAUUAAUUUAAGUCAUAACUUUAUUUCUGUUUUUGAAUACCGUACUUUUCUGAAUAGAACAUUUUCAAUUAAUUUGUCUUAUAAUAGAAUAGCAAGUGUAGAUCCAUUUGUUUAUGGAAUCAUGAAACUACGGAAUAUUAAUCUUCAGCAUAAUAAAAUAGUUCAGAUUCAUAAGAAUGUACUUUUAAUGACAAAUGAUCACAAAAUAUCGUUUGGACGUAUAUCAAUCAAGUGUUCAUGUAAAAUGAAGUGGAUUGGAUCAUGGCUAGAAAACCAGCACAGAAGACAUGGAGUAAAUAACUCCAUUAACUGUCAUAUACGAGGUAGAGAUAUAGAUGCGAUUUCGAUUUCUGAGAUUUGUUCCGCUGUCAAACCGAAGUCCACUGUUAAAUAUGUACUACUUAGCUUCAUGAUAUCUAUAUUUGUAUCAUUACUGCUAUGCUUGAAAAUGAAAUACGAACUGUUUCUACUUUUAAGGAAUUUCAAACGUCAGUACCUCAAUAGAAACAGUAACAACGAUAGUCAACAAACUAAAUUUGACGUGUAUAUUUCUUUCAAUGCAGAUAAUGACAAUAUAAUGAAAUGGAUCAAGACAGUCGUUUUCAAUCUCGAACAAAAUGGCUUCAAAUGUUGUUUUCCUCCAAGAGAUUUCGAUGUAGGCGGUGUGCACGUCGACCAAAUUUCGACCGAAAUAGCUAACUCAAGUUCAUAUUUAGUCAUUUUGAGUGACGAUUAUUUAAAAUCACAAUUUCAAAUGAUUGAAUUGAACAAGAUUUGGGCUCAUUACAAGAUAAACAUAUCGCGCAAUAUUGUUGUUAUAAAUUAUGAUAUGUUGGAUAGUUGGAAUAUCAAAGAUAGAAGACUAAAAGCCUUUGUUAGAAUUAAACAGACUUGUGACUUUUGUAACUUUAACAACAAACUGAUAAAUGAAUUAGAAAUGAAGCUACGAACAACAAAUUUACAGAUUAAAGACUGA